AUGAAAUGUACAAUUAACACCAAUUGAAAUAAAUUGUCUUCAAUAUAAUAUUAGUGGACACAUCACCAAUUGUUCCAUAGUUUAAUAUCAUCAAAUAUUACUGAUAUACAAGGUUAGUUUAACCUAAUCUAAAAAGUUCAAUAUUAAUACUUUAUUGAUAGUAUGUAAAUUGUUAUUUAAUAGUUGGUACUUUUUUAAACAAUUAAAAAAAAAAAUACAUUUUUGGUAAUAAUCAUUUCAUUAUUUACCGAACUUCACUAAAAAAAAUAUCCUCAUAAUUAAGAAUAAUAUUAACAAUUGAAUAACUAUACAAUAAAUGAACAGUUAAACAAAUUCACACAAAUAAGAAAAAAUUUGAAUUUCAAAAUGCAUAUUUAACUAGAGGUUCAGAUAAUGGUACCUACCUAAUAAUAUAAGAUUAUAUAAGAACAAGAAUAUAUAAUAUAUAAGAAUCAUAAAAGAUUGAUCAGUACAAGUAUAACGUUAAUGGGAAACUAUUACAUAAAUAAUAUUAUUAUGUAUUUAUCAACAAGUUCCAUGUGGGGGAGGAUCAUAAUACUCCCAUGGUAUUCUCUACCUGUUAUAAGAGGCAACAAAUGUGAUUUUGUCAGGUUUAUGGCUGAUGUAAAAUUCUGUCAAACAGUACGAGAAGUUUUAAAUAAAAAUUUGGCAGAUCUGGAAUUUGUUCUAUCUCGGAUAGGAAUUAUAGGUGAGAGGAAGUAUUAUGGUGCGUUUUGCAGAUUACAUAGCUUUGAUAUGAGAACUAAUUUGUACAGAAGUAUAGGGAAAGGAAUUAAGAGUCAAACAAUAAGCUGUUAUAGGCAAGGUUGAGUUUUAAGUACAAAGGAUCUUUUAUACAAAAGAAUGCUUAUUCUCAUUAGCAUGUGAAACAUAUAUGUAUAUAAAAUUGAUGUUAUAUAUGUAAUUGAUAAUACCUAUAAAUUUGAUUUAUAGAUACUAUACUUAGAAUAAAACACAAAAUUGAAUUUUGCUUUUUUUUGUAUUAUUUUCUAGAUUUAGCAUAUCUACAAGCUGUUACCAUCAAAUUUUUAAAUAUUUUUUUCAUAAGUAUUUUGUAUUUUUAUUAUUUAUUUGUACUAUAUUUGUAUAUAUUUAAUUACAAUUUAGAAUAUUAAAUAAUAUAUAACUUGUUAUAAAAAGUCAUACAUUAAAUAAUACAAACAAAAUAAAACUACUAAGUCUGAUAUAUUUUGUGGGUUUUUGAAAAUAGUUUAAAUGCAUUUCUUGCUUUGUUUAAAAUGUUUUUUUAAAUUUUUUAUAGUUAUAUGAGCUAUAAAUUUCCCAUUCUUUUCAUGAGAUUACAUUGAGAAACAUAAAUAGUAUAUCAUAAUAAAACAUUGUAGUUUUAUUUUUUUAUUUACAUCCCGAAAAUGUCAUUAUUAAUACAGUGGUUAUAAAACUCACUUUGGGACUAACACAAAAUGAGUCAUAUAACUGUAUGAACCUUAUAGGUGUAGUGGAGAAAGCAUAGAAUUUAUUUGGAUAUGUUCAGGCUGUUCCAAGUGAUUUUGAGUCUAAUAAGUGACUGAACCAUAUAUCCAUAAGUCUAAUAAGUGACUUCACUGUAUUAGAUUUCGAUCAACACAUACGCUAUCUAGAAGUUUUGGAUCUGGAAAUAUUAUGACAGGUAACAGGAUUUGGAUUUUAUGAGUGGGUAGAUAAAUAGAUUGAGUAUUAUAAAAUUAAAUAAUGAAAUAUUUUAUUUAUUUAUAGGUUCUGAGCGUGUUUUUUUAUAUUUAAUGAUUAAUAUAGAAGAAACAUUAUUAUGUUUUUAAACAUACAUGAUUAUAAUUUAUAAUAUUAUGGCAUACCAAUACAUAAUAUCUGAUAAACUUAAAAUUAACAUUUUUUCGACUAUGGUCUAAGUAUUAUAAAUUAAUAAGUUUAUUAAAAAAACUGGAGUGUAAAAAAAUAAAAAAAUAAAAUAAAUUUUAAGUAACAAAAAUAUGUAAUUAUAUUAAUAAUAUGUAAUGAUUAUGAUUUUAUCAAUAUAAAACUUAAAUUAUUAAUUCAUAUUAAUAUUUUGGGGGACAAAAUAUGUUUUUUUUUUUUUUUACAAAAAUUCAACAUAACAGAAAUAUUUUAUUUAUUUGAACACAAAUUAGUAGUAUCUAUCUAUCCAUUGUUAUUAUUUAUUUUUGAUUUAAUCAAGCAACAUCAAAUCAUGUUUUGAGCAAUGUCUUUUGACUUAAAAAAAUGAAAUCUGUUUGUUGGAUGAGUCAGUCAAUGAAAUCUUACUCACUUCAAGAUAUACAAAAAAUAUAUGAAUAAUAUAAUAUUAAAUAUUAGUGAACAAAAUUCAUUGCGGAAUGAUGAUAGCUUGACAAUUCUUUAAAAUUACAUAAUUGGUAUGGCAACAUUGAAAAUAUUGUUAAAUGUGAAUUUUAUAUUUUUAUAGAACUUAAAUAUAAAAGGAAUAUUUUAUUUAUAUUUGAACACGAAUCAGUGGCACCUAUAUUAUUGUUAUUAUUGUAUUUGAUUUAAUCUGGCUGCCAUAAAUCGAUAUAUCUUUCUUGUUGGGCACAAACAUUGUCCUUAGAUAGUAAACCUGAAGUCUGUAUGUUCGGCGGAGGUUUAAACGUACUCAUUUCAGCAUCAGUGAAUAUCGGAAAUGAUGGCAGUAAGCGUCCUUCCAUCAUAUUGUGUCUGUCGUUUGAUGGUUUAAAUUUCUUAUAAUACUGUUGUGGCGGAACUUGAGACCUCUUCAUUUUAACACGUGAUUAUAUUCCAGAGUCUGUAUUAGAAAAAUACUAUGCCACUAGUCCACUAUAUCUAAACAAUAAUAUAGUUCUACAGUAAAUCACGAGUGUAAAUUUAAAAUAUUAAUAACAUGAAUAUAAUUACUUACCAGUAGAUAGUUGGGUGAAAAUCCAAAUAAAUUUGGCAGUAAUAAUAUUACAAAAUACCGUUCUACGACGCAAAACUAUAGAAAAAAAAAACGUAUUACAACAUGGCGUGGUGUUAAAAUACUGUAAGCAUCAGAUCGUUCGGCCGCGGUCAUAACUUCGUGUCGAGUUUGGUUUUGUAUUGCAAGGAGAUGAACAACGGUGGUGGUGGUGGUGGUAGAAGUGGCGGCUGUUGCAGCAGUUGCCCAGCGUACCCAGAGCAAAAUAAUGCCGACAUGACGUCAUCAAACAAAUUUGAAAUCGUUUGGAUACUUCUUUAAUUGAAUUAAAUAAUAAAAAAUUUUCAUCACCCGUACUAUGUAUAUACCUAAUAAACUCGUGUACCGAUUUUCGGCCGACAUUUUCGAGAGUUCCCUGUUAUCAAAAUACUGCACGGUCAGCAGUUAUCACAAUUUUCAGAUCCUUUAACCAAGAGUUAGGUUAUAUUAAAGAAAGUGGUACAACGAUAUCGGAUAUUUACUGACAAGUCAAUCAGUUUUUUCCUUUUGUAAUUCGGUGAUUUAUUUGUUGUGCCCAGUUAUUUUAAUUUGUGAAAUUGAUCAAAUACUUUUAUAUGCAGUCACCUACACGUGUACAACUGUUUUAAUAUUAAAUAUAUAAUAUUAUACAUUAUAAUAUUAUCGUUAAUAUCGACAAAAAAUUCCGGUUGGCUUGUCAAAUAUUAUGUGUAAAAUUUAAAGUUUAAUUUUUUUUUUUUUUGAUAUAGGUAGGUAGACACGCAUACGAAACAUGGUAUUUCUAACAUGUACAUGCUGAAUUAUUAACGCGUUUCUUACAAAUAGUUUAUAAAAUUAUUAGACUACGUCAUAUUUUGUCACUCGGACUCUCGUCGCAGUAGUUGCAUUCUCGUUACAAACCAUUUCGUUUAGUUAAUAUGUUUACACUAGGGUCGGCAAUACCCUUACAGGUGAGUUUACCAAGGUUAAUAAAUAUGUAAGCUAGAUUGUUUUUUGCACAUUGUUAAAAUGUUAUCCUUGAAAAUAUGUGGGUUUUUUGUCAUUUGAAUCAAUGUACAUCAAAGUAGUUGUAACCAUUAGGUGUUAUUGCUCGUUAAAUAAUUUUUGUUGCAUUAUUGGGUGUAAAAAUUACAAAAGAUUUUCGACUGCAUUUGUGUAAUGGAUAAUAUUGUUAGAAAUUAUUCCUGUAAGGUUUUAGGUUAUUUGUGAGGGAAGUAGAUAUCAGUGUAUUGUUGUUUUUAUUGAUAUAGGUCAUAUUUAAUAAGUUAGUAUCUAAAAUGUUUCUUGUUAAACAACAUCUACUACCUUAUUUUUGUAUAAUAUCAUUUAAAUUAUAUUGUGCAUAGGACUCAUAAAAACUAAAUUCUUAUUAAUCUAUAAAAUUAUAAAAUUAAUUAGUGAACAAUAUCUAUUUUAGUUUUUGUAUAGCCUACCAAAUGCAACUAAUAUUCAUUGAAAUCUUUUUUUUUCGGAUAUUUUAAGUAAUUUAUUUGAAUAGAAAUAACCAAUAAACAUAAUAAUAUAUUUAUACUGCAAUAAUCAUGAUUGACUAUUAUUCUAUUAUUUUAUCCAAAAGACAAUUUUUCAAUUCACGUGUUUAAUAUAUUGGUAUUGUUGUAUUGCAACGUUAUGUACAAUACCUAUUUUGUGAGUUUUGGAACAAAUGCAGUUUAGCUUCUGUGUUCGUUUUCAUUUUUUUCAAAAAUUAUUGUUUUAGAAUUUAUAACAAUUUAAAUACUGUAUGUAUGUCAAACAAUUUUUCAGUGUCUUAAAACAUAUUUAAAAAUAAAAUGUAAAUGAGUUCUGUAACUUAACUGAAUUUAUACACUUUUUUAAGUGUACCAACCUAUAUUAUUAAUUAUAUAUUUUAUAUUAUCAGGUAGCAGCAGCGUUUCCACUUAGAGUUACUGUUAUUCAAGUUCGGAAGUCAAAUUUGAAACCAAAUAAAACUGAUAUUAAUAACAAAACAAUAGAUCGUGCAUUACCAGACUAUACUAAAUCAGUAAAUUUCAUAUUUCUCAAAUGAUAUUUUAUUAAAACUACAAUUAUCUAAUAAUGUGUUAAAUUAUGUUUCAUUUAUAAUUUAAAACAUUAUCUAUAAUUAAUAUUAGGGAGUAUUAACAUUUUUUAAGUAUAAAUUUGUAUCAAUAUUUUGAUUAAAUUUUUUUAUUUGAGUGUAUUUGUCAAUAUAAUAUAUAUUUAUUAUUUUAUUUUUUAGCUUCUCGUUAAUAUACCUAGUGAACUAGUUGAACAAUAUUUGAUGAGCAGAUCCAUAUAUACAGUUCAGUGUAAGCUGAAAAAACAUCAAAAUCUAAUACGUUUGUUACAAAAAACUGGUAACAAGAAACUGGAACUGAAAUGUCAUCAUGAUGUUUAUGACAUUAAGAAGCACAUUUUAAUGGUAUCAAAUACUCAUGAGUCUGCCAAACAUUUUUUAUAUCGUCCUAGACCUUAUUUCACAGGUAUUUUUAUUAUUUAUGGUAGCCCAAUUACUUAUUUAUGUAAGUCUAUAUAUAUAAUAGUUUUAAUAUUCAUUUUUUUACUUAUUCUUUGAAAGUUAUUUUCAAUUAUUACACUUUAUCUUUCAAUUUUAAUUUUAAUAUUAAGUGAGUGUGUGUGUGUAGAAUGUACAUAGUGAGUAUUUAAUUUUAUAGGUAAACUAAACAUAAUUUUAUAGGUAAACUAAACAUAAUUUAAACUGCAAAUCAUGUACAUAUAAAAUUAUAUCAUGAAUUUAAAAAAAACAUGUAGACAGUAUAGAGAUUAAAAACAAAUGUUUUGAUGUAAAUCUUCUAAUCUAUAUUUUCAAACCGGCAUUUCAAUUGUGACUCAUAAACUUUUUUUGCAUUUAUACACUAAUUUUUUUUUACGCAUUGCUAGUGAAACAAUAUUUGAAUUUACUAGUGCUGUCUUUUCCCAUUAAGGUAAUACAAUUUAAAAUAAAUAUCACCUAAUAAUUUUGUGUUUUAUAAAACAUGUAUUAGUAUAAUCGAUGAUUUCCCACUGAUGCGAUUGCAAUGUGACACGAAAGCAACUAAUCACGAGUGACUGUUAGUAGCUUAAUAAAUGUGACUAAUAAACUUAAAUAAACUUAGUUGAGGCUGUGUUAAAACUUUCUUUUAACAUAUGAUAAAACAAUUGAAAUUUUAUAUUAUCUUGCAUUAAUUCAUUAGCACCAACAGGAUUUUAACAGUUAACAUUAUUUUGUAUGCAUGGAUGUACCCAAUAUCUCCUUUUCUUAAUUUUUACGGUUUUAAUACUAAUAUGCUAUCUAUAACAAAAUUGUCAUCCUCAAAAGGUCAUUUGUUUGCAACUGAGUGAUUCUAGUCACUUAUAGUGUGCAGAACUCAUGACAACAGGUCAUAAGAUUUUUUUUUAAAUCACAUUACGUUGCUUUAGUGGGAGAAUGGCCUAACACAUUAUUAAACUAACUGUUAUUUUUAAAAUCAUGACUUAUAAUUUUUAUUGUUGAGCACAACAAUAAAACACAGUAGUUCUAAGAAAUGAAUUGUGAAUUUAUGACGUAUAUUAUCAUAAUCAUAUUAAAUUUCACUGGUGUUAAAAAAAAUAUCAUAUAAUUUGAAAUAAUAGAUAAUUUAAGGUUUUAACCUAUUGUAGUAUUUAAGAUUUUACAAAUAAAAUGUUAGUAUUUUAAAAUAAUUAUGUGUAUUCAAACAUAAUUAAUUAUUUUAAGUUCAUCAGCGAUUUAAAAAAAACCUACCAAUUAUCGUAGUUUUAGUUUUGUUCCAUUUAGGAUUAAUUUAAAACUAGAAAAUUUACUGAAUGAUAAUUGAGAGCUUGAUUUGAAUUUUGAUAAUGUUAAUAAUAACAAUGUCAUCCUUGAUUCCAUCAUAUCAAUAUUUUAAGUCUAAAUCGACUGUUAUUUAAUAAACACAUUAUUUUUUAAAUUUUGUAAUUUACAUUGCUAAUCAUAUUCAGAAGAGGUUGGCCACAUAAUCAGUCCAAUUCUUCCCUUUUGUUUAAUUUAUUUGUCAAAUUUUGCAAUAAAUGCCCAUCUAUGUAUUGAUCAAUAGGUAUUAUUGAUUAUACCAUUGGUAUAUUAUAUAAAUACAUAAAAACUCUUACUUUUAUACAGUAAAUAUUUUAAAAAUGUUUACAACUGUAAAUAUAUUUUGAUGAAUUAUUUGUAGGUGAUAGAAAAAACUUACCUUUGUAUGAGAAUUAUGAGCAAUCAUAGUAUACUAUAAAGUUGGAUUUUCUCUUGUAUCUUUCUUGUUAUUACAAAUUAUUUUUUUGUACUUUAAUUAAUAUCUCCACAACAUCUAUAUAUUAAAGAACAUUAAAAUAUAUAUUUAGUUAAACAAAAAAAAAAAAAAUAUAAUAACAUACCUAUAAUUUAUGAAUCAUUUGAUAAACCAGAUAAAUCAACUAAUGAUAUAAACAUCCCAUGAAAAGGAAUCAUUAUAUCAUUUAUUUUAAACUCAAUUGUUGCUUGUUUGUUAAAUGAAGUUUCACAGGUAUGGGGCAAUAUAUUAUAUAUUUUAUUUGCAGAUUUGUGCAAAUACAUUUUUAAAAAUAUACAUUCUUCCUGAAAAGUAAUAGUUUAUAUAAAUUUGAUUAGAGAAGUCCAAUGUGCAUCUAUUGAUAAAUUCAAAAAUGUGAUCUAAUGAUUACUGGAUAUGUUUUACUUAAUUAAAACAAUACACAUAACUUCAUUUGCUGUUAUUUUUUUAUAUAAAUAUUCUAUUUUAGUAGAAUUAUAUGUAUAUAUAUAUAUUUUAUGUUCAGCUCAGCUUAAAAUUUGCAAUAUUAUUUUCUGGAUUUUUAUUACACUUUACUGAUAGACAUUCUUAUCAGAUAGCACAAAAGAUAAGGUGAGGCAUGUGUAGGAGUGACACACCUAAUAUUGACUAUACUUUACACAUAAAGUAUAGUAGUAGCUCUAUCCAUUGUAUAUGAUUUAAGCCACUUAGUCGUUUAGAUCCUCUAGCCUCUAGAUCCUUUUGUAUCAUUUAGAUAUUGGGAAUCUAGGCCAUUUAUUCGGUUCUUUCAGGGUUGUAAUAUUUUUGGAAAAAUAAAAUAUAACAUAAUUAAUGUUUGACCAGUUUAUUUUUCUUAUAAUUUAUUUUUCCACUAAAAUUAACAUAAAUAUAAUAUUUUAAUUUAUACAGUUUUUUAUAAUAUGAUUCUAACUGUACAUAAUAUGUUAGCCAGUUUUAGAAAAUAUCUCAUGGAGUACUACCAUAAUAUGCAUUAACAAAUCAAGUUAAUAUUUAUAACUUAUAAAUAAUAUAUAAGUCAUACACAUUACAUCUUUGGAUGAUUUUUGAGAAUUUAAUGUAAAUCUAACUGUUAUUUUACUAAUAGCUUGCAUAGAUCUUUAUUAAAUACUUGAACAUAAAUACCAAAAUACCACAGUAAUACCAGAUUUAUUUAUUGUAGCUAUUUAUUACUCUGCCUUAUAUUCUAAACCUAAUGAAAAAUAUAUUUAAAACAAUAUAAUAUUCAAUAUGUAUAAUUAAAAAAUAUAACAUUAUAAACUACCUACUUGCUAUAAAAUUAAUUUUUUUUUAUAGUAAUGUGUAAUUUAAAUGUUUAAAUAUUUUGUUUCUAUUACCAAUGAGCUAACCUAAAUGUAUGUAAUGUACUUGUUAUUGAUUAUACUCAGUUUAGUCCAUAGAUAUGGUUUAGUAUUUGACCUAUAAACUAAUAGUUAAUAAGUUAGUGGAUAUCCGUUAAAUAAAAAAAUUGUGCUGUCAGAAUUCAAACUUCAAUAAUUGUUUUUAUAAAGAAAGAAGAUAAAUAUUUUGGACGGGAUAUUUUUUGCAACCCAACAUAACUAAAAAAAAAAAAUACACAUUAUAAUAAAACCAAAACAUUCUUUGCUAUGCUCAGAAUCUUAAAUAGUUAUGUGACUUAUUUACUAAAUAUGUAUUAUUAACAUAUAAAAUACUGUUUUUAAUUUUAUAUUUAAAAUUACUAUUAAUCAAGUUUACACAAAAAUAUCAAACAUAAAAUUUAACAAAGAUAAAUUUUCUUUUUCUAUAAAAUGUUAGGCUUUAUGGAUUUUAUUUGUAUGAAUAAUUAUUAAGUAAUCAAUUAAGAUAGACAUAUUUAUUUUUUUUAAUUCAGUACCAGUUCCAUAUUCUUAUGUAUCCUUAGCUCGAUAAGCAAUGUUUCAAUUAUUAACAGUUAUUUAAUUAUUUGAUUUUAGGCAUUCAAGUAAGAAACUUUAAGACUGAGCGUAAUACUACAAAGGAGAAUGAUGAAAAAUAUCUCUCUCGAUUAAAAGAAUUGUUUUCACUCUCUAAAGGGAGUAAUUUGAAAAAUUCUGAUAUAUUUUCUGAUUUGGAUUAUAAUAAAUGGAGAGGUAAUAAUAUGUGAUUUAAAUAUUAUUAUUGACUUUGUUACUAACAAUAUUAUUUUGUGUUUAAACUACAUGUAAUACAGUACAAGUGUACAUCCUGGGUACACAUACUACAAAAGUAUUAAAACACAUAUAUUUUAUAUUUUUACCCCUGUUUUAAAUAUAUAUAUAUUUGCCACUACCCAUAUAGUCUGUUCUGAUGGCUUCAGGAUAAUAUGUGAAUGUCAUGAUGUGUCUCCUAAUUUUACUUACCACAGCUUUUCACUUUAUUAUAAUAAUAAAUUAUCCAGUUUUAUUCAAAUACAUAUAUGUUCAUCCACACAGAUAUUCUCAUGUAUUUGUACUGCAUGGCUCUUAACCCAAUAUAAGUAAAAACAAGUGUAUUUGUGUUGUUUAUUAUACAUGUUGUGAAGAAUUGUAGUUUAAACCAUUCCAUUAUAAUAUUAUAUUGUCAUUAAAAUAUUAAGUGUAAAUUGUAAUUAAAAAUACUGAACUUCCUAUUUCUAAUACUUUUAUUUAUAGAUUUAAUUAAGAAGGAAAAUGUAAGUCCAGAAGAAUUAGAAAGAUUAAAAAUAUCAUUUGCUGAAGGCUAUUUAGUAGCACGUGACCAAAAAGUCACUACUAAAUCUCAAAAAUGGUGGAAAAUUAUUCAGUCUGCAAUUAUAGUUGGAUUGUCCCUUGCUUCAUUGAUUUCUUUAUUUGGUAAUGCAUUAAACUAUCUUAUACAAAUAAUUAAUUCCUACAAUUCUUUAAUAAUAUUAUGUUUUAGCCCUACUGACUGGAACCAUGUUCAAAUUCCAAAUAACUAAUCAAGUUGAAGUUAAUUCAGAAGAAAUUACAGUGACAUUUAAUGAUGUUAAAGGAGUAAGUUAAAUAUUUGUCUAUAUAUAGGUACAAUAGAAAUCAUUUUAGAUCUUCAAGGGGUGUAAGUAAGUAAUAUUAUUAUUAUUGUUGUUAAAACAAAAUUUAAAAUAAAAAAUAUAUAAUGUUUAUACACUCAGUUUCAUAAUUUAAAUCUUUGUAGGAAAACAAUUUCCUCCUCUCCCUUUAGACUAGGCCAUACUCUACCACCAUCUUAUUCCUACAAACAUUUUCUUAAUAACUCCCCUCUUUACACUCUCCACGCCUCCGAUUCAAUUUGUAAUAUUUCCCACAGUCUUUUUCUUUGCCCUACUCUCAUCUCCCAACUAAUGCUCUCUCUACCUUAAUAAAUUCCCAUAAUCUCUCUUUCAAUGUGUAUUCAAUUCUUUCUUCACAUCUUCCUCCUAUGAUCUAUAUCUAUUAUAAAAUUCAUUAAUUAGACUAGUUUUAUAAUUUAAUGUUUUGUAUUCUGUUUUUUUAUUUUUUCAUUAUUAAGUGUUAUAGCUAAUUGUUUUUAACUAAGUUUCAAAAUAAUAAUAAUAAAAAAAUCUUUAUAUAUUAAUUAUUAUCAAAUUUUUCCCCAAAAUUGAGAUUAUUAUACUGUAAUAUCUUGUUAUACUGGGUGAUUCAUAUGUGGGUACAGUGAUUAUCUCGGAAAGUGUUCAAUUUUUCUGGAAUUUGUUUUCUAGAGCAUAUAAGAAACAAGCUGCUUUAUAAUUUUAUGUUUAUAUUAUUUUUGUCACCCUUAUUUUGGGGGUAAAACCAGUAGCUACUUUUGAUUUUUAAGUGGCAACCUAUAUUAAAAAUAUUAUAAAUAGAUGAAGUAUUUUAGCUGAAUAAAUUUGAGUGUUGAAAUUUUUGAUUUUUGUAAAUCUGUUUACGAGAUAUUCCACUUUUAAGUUUAGGUUGAAGGAGAGUUGUGGAGUAUCAUUUGUGUGGCGAUGUGUUAAUAUUUCACCAAGCCAAACUUAACAGUGGAAAAUCUUGUUAACAGCUUAACAGUAAUCAAAAAUGUCAACACCGAAAUUUAUUUUAACUAAUACUCAAUCUAUUUAUGGAAUUUUUAAUAAAAGUAGCUAAUUGAAAAUUUAAAGUAAGUAAUUGUUUAACUCCUAAAAAUAAGGGUGAUAAAAAAUAACACAGAUAUACAAUUAGAGCUGCUUGUUCUUAAAUGUUCUAGAAAACAAAGUCUGGAAAAAUUGUAUACUUUCCAAGAUAAUGAGUGUACCCACCAUAAUGGAUUACCUGGUAUAGUUGCAUAUUUUUUUUUUUUUAGUGAUUUAGUGAGUUCAAACUCAGGAAUUAGAGUUUUUAUUUUAUAGGUGGAGUGAAGUGAUAAAAUUUUGAUAGAACUUCAAAAUUAAUUUUACCAUGCCUGUGUUUUUUCAAUUCCCUUUUUUUAGUUUUGUACACUUCUACAGACUCCCAAAAUGAAGACUUAAUUUUUUGGAUUCAACUAUCUGUUCGCUCCUUAACCAUUUUAUGUUUCCACAAGAAAUGUCAUAUUUAAAUACCCCUACAGAUUUAUAAAAAUAAGUAACUGAGUUAAAAUUUUUAUACAUGUAUAGUAUUUUUGUACCUUUAGAUGGUUUCAACUUUGAACUCCUAUUCAUAUCUAUUUGUACAUUAGCAAAAGUCUCGUAAACCACUUUACUUAUUUUAAUGAAUCUUUAAUUUCAAAGAGGAGAGUAGUAUAGUCUAUGAUAUAAAUAGGAUAAGGGGUAAAUAUUUGGAAUGGGUGUUAAUUUUUUUAAAUAACCAAAAUAAAAACUUUGUUAACUGUAACUAUUUUUGAUGAAUUAUAUAAGAAAUCAAUAUUUUUUUUUUUUGAGGAUUGGGGAACCCUUUUCCUGUGAAUUGUUCAGUGUUAAUCAAAUUUGUUUGAUAUAAUAUACCAUGAUCCUAAUUCUUCAAAUCCAAUAAUUCAAUUAAUUGUGCUUACCAAAACUUUUAUUUAUAUUCUUCUUAAGACUUAUGUCUAUCUAUCUAGAGACAAAUCCAAAUCUAUGUGCAAUAUUGAAAGAUAAUAUUUCUUUUAGAAAUGCCUGGUCUGAUAUUACUAUAGGCAACUGUUCUAAGUUAGAAAGUUGGAAUGGUAGAAUAAUUUAUAUUCAAAAUCCUGAAUGCAAUGAUACAAAAUUAUUUUGUUAAAGCUUCGUUAAAUAUUGAUUAUGUUUAUUAUGUUAAAAAAAAAAUAAAAAUUAUUAAAUUAUUAAAUAUUAUAAUAUUAUUAUUAUUAUGUUAAAUACUGAUUUUUACUCCCUAUCAUUGAAUUGAUACUAUAUUAUGGUGUUUGUUUUUGUUCAUUAGGUGGAUGAAGCUAAACAAGAACUGAAAGAUAUUGUAGAGUUUCUUAAAAAUCCAUCUAAAUUUUCAUCUUUAGGUGGCAAGUUGCCAAAAGGUAUAAAAAAAAAUGUCUAAAGUUUAUUUUAUUUUAUACUUAAUAAUUAAUUAAUUAUUGUAUUAAAGGGGUGUUACUUGUUGGACCACCGGGUACUGGUAAAACACUGUUGGCUCGAGCUGUUGCUGGAGAAGCUGGAGUGCCAUUUUUCCACGCAGCUGGUUCAGAAUUUGAUGAAAUUUUAGUUGGACAAGGCGCUAGAAGAAUACGUGAUCUUUUUAGUAAAUUUAUUUUAAUUUUAUUAAUUAUUAUAGUCUGUUUCAGGAGAGAACGGGCCGCGUGUGCGCAUGUUUUCCCCCUCCACAUAACUUGAUUUCAGCGAAGGCAGCCGAUUGUAAUUUCUUCCAUUUUUGACUAUACACCCCUAGGAUAUUCUGUAGAAAUUCAAUUGUUAUUAUUAUCAGACAUCGUGCAUCGCACAUUUAUUUACCUUUGCUGUUUUAUAACCUCUUGAUAAUUUUUCAAAUUGUAAACUAUCGUAUAUACCUUCUAUAAUAAUCCAGACUUUGUUUUUUUUGUAUACAUAUUUAUUUAUUUAAUAUUUUAUUGAACACUGUAGGUAUAAUACAGAGUUAUAUAUUUAAUAAAUAAUAAAUAAUUAUAUUAAAACAUUUAAUUUUUUUUCGUUAAAAUUACAAUUUAUCAUUUUUGUCAUAUUUAUAUUUUAUUUUAUUUUUGAUAAAAUUACAAAUUUAUAAUACUAAUUAUUCGUCAUAUUUACAUAAUUUUUUUAAAAUAAUUAAAAAACUGAGAAAAAAGUAAAAAUUAUCAAAGGUACAAAAAGCAAACGCUGUAAAAAUGAUGUGUGCCUACACCACGGCAAUUGGCGAUAAACAGUGGACUAUUGACAGUCAACAGUGCAUUAUUUGAAACUCAGUGUACAACAACUGCACCACUUCUGCAGUCGCCGUUGCAGCGCUGUCGAUAGAUCCGGGAGUGGAUAAAUGGAUAGUGUUUCGGUGUGGGGAUGCACAGUAGCGAUUCGAUUUGGUCGGAGAGCGGCCCGUUUUCUCUAUAGAUCAGAUAUAAAAACUCAUGAUACUUUCUUCUUAAUUUUAUUAUUUACAAACAAUUUAUAAUAUCAAUUUUGUAAUUAAAUUUUUUUUUUUGUAUAUUUAAUUAACAUAAUAUUUAAUUUUAGAAGCGGCAAAAGAAAGAUCUCCUUGUGUAGUGUUUAUCGAUGAAAUCGAUUCUGUGGGUGCAAAAAGAACAAAUUCGGUUUUACAUCCCUAUGCUAACCAAACAAUAAAUCAAUUACUUACUGAAAUGGAUGGGUACAAUUUCAAAUCAAAUUUAUAUGGAUGUAUUAUUGAUUAGUAAAUAUUUGUUCCCAUUUAGAUUUCAUCAAAAUCAGAACAUUAUUGUACUUGGGGCUACUAAUAGACGUGAAGAUUUAGACAGAGCAUUACUUCGUCCAGGUCGCUUUGAUAUUGAAGUUGAUGUAAUAAAUAAGUGAUAGGAAAUUUAUGAAAUUUUCAAAAUUAUUAAUUUAAUAAAUAAAACUUAAUUUUUAGGUUCCACUUCCAGACUAUGUAGGACGUAAACAAAUAUUGGAGUUGUAUCUUAAAAAAAUAAUGUGUAAAGGCAUUGAUAUUGAUAUAUUGUCUAGAGGAACUAGUGGAUUUACAGGUGCUGAUAUUGAAAAUAUGAUUAACCAAGCAGCUGUUAAAGCUGCAAGCGAUGGGGAAAAAACUGUUACUAUGAAAUAUUUAGAAAUUUCUAGGGACAAAAUAUUAAUGGGUAAUUUAGCUGUUUAGUUAUUUAAUAUUUUAUAGUUUAUAGGAAAAAUUAAGCAAAUUAAAAAUUGUAGGUCCGGAAAAGAAGACAAAAAUUCCUGAUGAUGAAGCAAAUAAAAUAACUGCAUAUCACGAAGGUGGUCAUGCAAUUGUUGCGUAUUUUACCAAAGAUUCUCAUCCACUUCAUAAAGUCACCAUAAUGCCUCGAGGAGCAUCAUUAGGUCAUGUAAGAAUUAUUUCAUUUUUAAUUAAGUUUUGUUAAAACUUUUAUUUUUUUUUUAACAAAUGUAAAUGAUUUUUUAGAAAAUUUAAAUUAUUAUGUAUUAAUCUAUUUUUGGAUAGACGGCAUACAUACCAGCAAAAGAAGAAUAUCAUAUAACAAAAUCUAGAAUGUUAGCUAUAAUGGAUACAAUGAUGGGCGGACGUGCAGCAGAAGAAAUAAUAUUUGGUCCAGACAAAGUUACAUCUGGAGCUUCAAAUGAUUUAAAAGUAGGUUUUCUUGUUACAAUUAUAAUUUAAAUUAUACGUUCUUUAUAGUUCUUUAUCCUUCUUUAUCAUUGAAUUGGCUAACUAAUAUUGAUAACAAUUGAUUGUAAAACUGAAUUAUAUCUAAGAAAUAAUAAAAUAUUAUUAUUCCCAUAUUGGUAUAUUUUUAGUACAAUUUUUAAGAAAAUGCCAUUUAUUUGAAGUUUUUUUUCUAAUAUUUUAGAUUCUGAUUGUAGUGAAUCUAAUGUAUUGAUUUUACUAAGAUAUUUAUUUUUUUUAUUUUUUUUUUUUACCUUGGAUACAAAAAUUUGUCCAUAAAUCUUACUCAGAUAUAUAUGUGGCACCAUUUCUGAAAGGGAAUGUUGUCCAGAUAGUACUUUUGCGAGGUCAUUUUUUUAUUUUCCAAGCAAUUUUCAUAAUACCUGGAAAAAUGGGAAAUGUACAAAAUUAAUACUAUUAUUAUUUUAUUAAUUUUGUUAUUUGUUGUAACUCGGUUAAAAAUAUUUUUAGAGACUUGAAAUUUGGACAGAAAAAUUAUAAUUGCCUUUUCUAGAUGUGGUAUAAUUAAGCUUUUUAUAGACAUUUUAAUUUUACAAGUUUUGUAUAUAAUUUUUAUUUGGUAGAUACUCUGUGGUAAAAUUGUUGGACUUGAACAGAAAUGCUUUAAAAUUUAACAGGAGGUUUAUUAAGAGUAUAAUUUGUAGAAAAAAAAUGAGUUAAACGUAGUAUUUUUUUUAUAGAGGAAAUUUAAUUAAAAAUUUUGAUGAAAAUCUUUUGAGUAAAAAAUUAUGUGGAACAAAUCUAAUUUUUCAAUUUUUGUUUUUUGAACUUAUAUAUUAUAUUGCCGAUUUAAGAACGAUGGUGAAGUCAGAAUUGAGCGGACUGACUAAGUUUUGAAAUUACAGCUUUUUGAAGUUCAGAUAUUAUAUGUUAUGUUGAAUUAUUCUAUAUUGUAUACUCUUUAAUAUGUUUGUUAUAGCCAAAGUACCACCUAGUAGUCAUGCUAGGAGUCCUCAGUAAAACAUGUGUUUUGAAAAAAAAAAUGUUGCACUUUUUUUCCCUUUUACCUAAACAGAGGCAAACCAAAUGCAUUUUAGGUGUAUCUAGAGACUCAGCUAUCUUGCUUGGACUAUUUUAAUCGAAAAAUACCUUUCAUUUGCUGUGCAAACUUAUAAUGUGCACCAUAAUAUGACAUAGAUUUUGUUGAAAGUGCAUCUACUGAACUCUGAUCAGAAUCUUUUUUUUGUAAGCAAUGGUUUAUCAUUGCUUAAAGAUAUUCAUUAAAUUUCUGUAUCUUAACUUCCUAACUUCCUACAGCAGCUCACCCACAUGAAAAGUAUGUUUAUCUUUUUUUUUUGAUAAAAAUAAUAAUAACUUUAAAGCAACAAUAAAAUAUCUACACAUUAUUUUACAAAAUAAUUUUUUAAACAUUUCAGUACUCCCUAUAAGCUUUAUGUUUGUGCUGGAAGUGCACUUCUUAUCAACAUAUAUUUACAAUAAAUAUCAAAAUUGAUCAUUAGUUAAUAUCAUGCACAAUAAUCUUUAAGAGAUCAAGUUGUGUAGUUAUUUCCUUAAUUUUGAGUCUCAGAGGUGAAUUGGUUGACCACUUCUUGCCUCAUCUUCAACACUUUAUCAACCCAAAUUAAAUUUUGUACACUUAACCAAUACACUUUUUAGAGACAUUAUGUAUGAGUUAUUUUUCUUUAAAUUUUAGACUGGGAAACCUUUUGAAAAAUUAAAUGGGACUUUUUCUUUUGUGCAACUUAAAUAUUGUCUUUUCAUGUUUAUAAUUACAUAGCUGAGAGAAUAUUAAAUUCUAAAAGUCAUAACACAUAUAAUAUGUUAUUUGUUACCUAAAUUAUCAAUUCUGGAAAUUUUCAACUGAUAUGGUCCAUUGUUUAUACCAAAAAUUACCUCAUACUUUAUUUAUCAAACUACCUACAUAUAACUACAAUAUUUUAAUGUAUAUCUUAAGGAUUAAUAAUUUUUUUUUUUCAUUUAGCAUGCAACAAAUAUUGCGACCAGAAUGGUAAAAGAACUUGGCAUGUCUGAAAAAGUUGGACUCCGAACUCAUGAAUCUCAGACUAAUGAAUUAAUGAGUUUUAAUGAGUAUAGUCCAGCUACAAAUGAACUUAUCGAUAAUGAAAUAAAAAAAAUAAUGCAGGUAAAUAAUUCUGAAAAUCAAGAUAAUUCAUUAAAAAUAUAUCCAGAGUAAUAGGUUUAUUCAAAAACUAAAAGUUCUAUGAGUUAAUCACACAAUAAUCAUAUUGUUAUGCAAUUUCUAAUUUGUUAAUAAUAUUGAUAGAAAGAAAUUUAAGUAAUCAAGUAAAGUGUUUAUAAGAUAGCAAUGGUUCGCUGAUCACAGGUUAAAAUGAUAUUUUGGACUACUUCCAACAACUCCUUAAUUAAAGAUCCCACCGAGUGGUUUGUCUAGAGAGAGGUAGAAUCCAAUGAGAUUGAUUACCUUCCUUCAUCCAGAAUUGAGAUAAUACAAAAAAUUAAAAGGUUGAAAAAUCAUAAAACCACUGGUGAAGUACAAUAUUAAAAAAUUUGGUUGAAGACACUAUAUAAGAAAUAUAUGACGUAAUAUAAAUGGUCUGGACAGAAGAAAAAUUUCUGAUUGGAUUGAAGAAUUGCAUUGGUGUAUUCAGUACAUAAAAAAAACAAACACUAGAUUGCAAUAAUUAUAGGGAAAAUAUUAUAUUUUUAUACUGCAUUCUAGACAGAAUUAAACCUAUUUCUAAAGAUUCUGGGAAACUACCAAGGAGGAUUUAGACCAAACAAAUCAACUAUAAACCACACCUUUAUUACAAAACAAGUUUUAAAAAAAAAAAUGUAGGAUUACAAUAAUGUGUAUGAUUCUACUAUACAUAGGCAGAGUCUAUUGAGUAUAUUGUAAGAAUUCAAUUUCCCAAUAAAAUUAAUCAAUCUCAUUAAAACUAGUUUGGAAAAAUCUGAGAUAAAAAUACCAUGUUCUAUAUUUCAACUGUUUAAAUUAGUCAUUGGUUUGAGACAAUGCAAUGCUCUCUCCUAAUUCUUUUCAAUCUAGUGAUGGAAAAAGUAGUUAGAGAUAUGAAUAUAUCAGGAGGUCUUACAUUAAGUCAAUCAAAAAUAUGCAGAUGGUAUUGCCAUCUUAAGAGACAACAUGGAUAUAGUGAAAGAAUUUUGUAAGAAACUAAUGGAAGCUGUGUUUUAAGUCAGUUUCAUUUUAAAUUAUGAAAAAUUAGAAUACACGAAACUUAGCAAAGGAGAUAAGAUUAAUCAACAGGGAGAGAGUAUAGAAAAAGGACAUAUCUUUUACAGAGUACCUACCACAGUUUAAAUACUUCGAAGUUCUUUUAACUCAGGAAAACGAGUUAAAAACAGAAAUAUCCAUAAGAAUACAAUUAACAAACAAGUUUUUUUUUGGACCGGCGCUCUAAUAAAUACAGAUCGAAUUAUAUAAACUUUAAAAUUAAAAGGUAUAUAACAUUAAUUUGUCCCAUCAUUCUAUGUGGAUUGGAAAUAUAAACAUUAAGACAGAAGAAGUAAGACGAGACAUUUUUGAAAGAAAGGUACUUAGACAAAUCCAUGGCCCUUUUUUUAACCCUAGAACCGGUGAAUGGAGAACCAAUGUAUGUUUCAAAAACCAUGUGUAUGGAGGGAUGUCUCAAAAAGAAGGUUAAUGUGGGCCAAGUAUGCCUGGAGGCAAAAUUGCGCAUUGAUAGAAGCAGUAAUUAAGGAAGACCCGUUAGGAAAAAGAUAGCUAGGAGAUCUCUCCUUAGAUGGGAAGACUGUAUAAAGAGAGCUGUUAAAGCAGAAGACCCAAGAAUCAAUUAGAGAAAAGUAACUGAGGACAGAGAGAGAUAGAGGAGAAUUUAAAGUUUUUUUUAUGGUCUUAAUGACUGAUAACCUCCCCUAAAAAAAUAAAAAAAUAAAUAUAAAUAAAUAAAAUAAAUUAGUACUGCUAUGAAAUUAAUUUGAAUAUGCAAAUUAUUAGGUAAAAUAAUAUUUCAAUAUUGUAAUUUUAUUGAUUUAAAUAGGUUUCAAAUAGUUAGAAUAUAUGUAUUAUAAAUUAAUAACUAUACUAUUAUAGUGUUAUUAUUUAUUUAUUUGUUUCUUUUAUUAUCUAUAGUAUGUUUCAAUAUUAAAAUUAUUUUAGGAUUCCUAUGAACGUGCAAAAAGCAUCCUGAAUGUGCAUCAUAAAGAACAUAAACUUCUGGCUGAAGCAUUACUUAAAUACGAAACAUUGGACGCUGAAGACAUUAAAGCUCUUUUAAGUAAAAAAACAUAAGUUUAUUUCCCACUUAAAUAAUAUUAAAUUUGUAUGUCCUACCUUUUAAU